AUGGCUGGACGGGAACUUGCUCUAAAAACCAUUGACUGGGUAGCUUUCAGGGAAAUCAUCUCCCAAAACUGGAAGGCCGUGACUAAUUCCUUGAAGUCCUGGAACGAAACCCUCACUUCCAGGUUGGCUACUCUGCCUGAGAAGCCAUCUGCCAUCGACUGGGCUUACUCCAAGGCCAACGUGGCAAAGCCUGGCUUGAUGGAUGACUUUGAGAAGAAGUUUAAUGCCCUGAACGUUCCUAUACCAGAGGAUAAAUAUACUGCCCAGGUGGACGCUGAAGAAAAAGAAGAUGUGAAAAGUUGUGCUGAGUUUUUGUCUCUUUCAAAGACCAGGAUUCAGGAAUAUGAGAAAGAGCUGGAGAAGAUGAGGAACAUAAUUCCAUUUGAUCAGAUGACCGUUGAGAACUUGAAUGAAGUCUUCCCAGAAACCAAAUUAGACAAGAAGAAGUCCCCCUACUGGCCUCACAAGCCAAUUGAGAGCUUAUAA